AUGGACGAGGAUAAGCAGCGAAAUAUCGCCUCGAAGGGCGGUCACGCUUCGUCAGGCAGCUUCCGUCCUGGAGACCCUCGGGCUAGGGAGGCUGGUCACAAGGGUGGAAAGGUUACUGGACACCCGGCGGAGUAA